AAUCAUUGCAAAAGCAGUUAUACUUUUGACUUCGUUUGUAGCAGUAGACCCCUGGAUCUCUUUGAAUUAGAAAGAUAAUAAACAAAGGAUUGCUUUUAAAAUGGCUGUUAAAGGAACUCUGAUAAUAAUGUUAGUUGUAAUCAUGUUUAUAUCACAAAAUGUAUCUGGUUUUCCUAGAGAUGAUACUUUUGUGGCCAUUGAAGAUGUGCAAGGAAAUGAAAACUCGUCGCCAAAAAUAAAAUUGGAUGUAUCUGCACAUGACACUUCCAGUACUGAAAUUCCAUCACAGGGAAUCCAUCGUGUGGCGUGUGACAACCAGGAUGAAGAACCCAUUGAGGAUUUUAUGUGCCAAGAACACUGUUUGCCCAAAGGAUACUCUUAUGGACUUUGUGUUAGCAAAACGUGCACUUGCGUAUAAAAUUGUUAGUCUAGUAAUAAAGGUAAAAUGAUUUUUUAAGUAUAAUUUAAGGAGACUGGUUGAAAAUAAAUAAGUUGGUAUAA